ACACGUCACCUCGACAACGACAACAAAGUCUGAAACCUCUAACCUCAAUUUUUCAAAAAAUAAACCCCGAUCCAAAUAAUGUUUAGUAGACUUUAAAAAUAGCUUAUUUAUUCGAUAAAUAAAUUAUAAGUCAAAAUUCAACGAUGUGCAUCACAAGGACGUUUCUCCUAGCGUUUUUCUUAGCGUUUUGUUUGAUAAAUCUAGCAAGUUCCCAUAGUCAUAGUCAUGACCAUCACGAGCACGACGAACCAAACCCUUCAUUUAAAUAUUCAAGGGUGGCUAACGAAGAGGCGAAAAACACAGCCCGAGAACAACAAAGGCACGCUAAACCUAAACCGACACCCUGGAACGCUAACGAGAUUUGGUUGUACGCUAUGAGCUCUACAUUGCUUAUCAGUGCGGCGCCAUUUUUCAUAUUGUUUUUGGUUCCUCUAGAUGGUGCAGACAAAAACGCUCCUCUCCUCAAAAUCCUGCUAGCUUUUGCAUCAGGAGGUCUUUUGGGAGACGCUUUUUUGCAUCUAAUACCCCAUGCUACCAUGGCUGUCCAAGGUAACGAAGACCAUCAUCAUGGACAUGGGCAUAGUCAUGGUCAUGGAGAAGAAGAGCACAUACACGACAUGUCUGUUGGUCUGUGGGUUUUAGCAGGAAUUGUUGCCUUUUUGAUGGUUGAGAAAAGUGUUAGGAUUUUGAAAGGGAAACAUGGACAUUCUCAUGCACCGCAACCAAAACAGGAAACGAAGAAAGAAAAUGACAAUAAGAAGGGGAAAAGUGAGAAGAAAGAAUCUAAAGUAGUUCCUAAAGAAGAAAUCAAAGUAGCAGGUUACCUAAACUUGGCAGCAGAUUUCAGCCACAAUUUCACUGAUGGUCUGGCAAUAGGCUCUUCAUAUUUGGCAGGAAAUACAGUCGGUAUAGUAACCACAAUUACUAUACUUUUGCACGAAGUGCCUCACGAAAUUGGAGACUUUGCCAUUUUGCUACAAAGUGGUAUUAGUAGGAGAAACGCUAUGCUGUUGCAGUUGACUACUGCUUUAGGAGCUCUUGCAGGUACUGCUCUUUCUCUGCUAGCUCAAAACAGUGCAGGUGCGAUGGCGGCAUCCUGGAUUCUGCCCUUCACAGCUGGCGGCUUCAUUUACAUUGCCCUAGUGUCAGUUAUUCCUGAACUUUUGGACGAAGAAAAACCAACUAUUAAACAAGCUCUAUUGCAAAUUUUCGCCAUGUUGGUCGGAGUGGGCAUGAUGGUUCUAGUAGCGCAAUUUGAAUGAGAAAAGGUAAGGCUCAGUAAUAAAAACAGAUUUUGAGCUGUUGGGGUUUUAAUUAAUUCAGUACUUACUCUGUUCCAUGUCAUUGCAUGCUUUCACAACAGCUCAAUAUUGAAAAAUAUGGUCUAUUAAGUAUAACAUAAAUUAAUUUGUAUUUUUGUUUUAAAUAAAAUAAUUUGGUAAUAUAUUUUCUUAUUUUAGUGACUUCUAUAGCUCUGUUCUAAGUUCCAACGGACAUGAGAACCGUUCUAGAACCAGUUGCUCACCUAUUUUCUAAUAAGUUGAACAGUUAUUCCACUUGACAAAUGAAUUGAUCAACUGGAAAUUACUGUUCUAGAACGGUUCUCAUGACAAUUGAAACAGAGCUUAUGUGUUCCUAUUCAUAGAUAAUUUGUUAAUGAACAUUAUUUAAUUAAAAGGUAGGUGAAUCAAAAAGUAACAGUAGUAAAGUUUUAUUUGUCUAACUAAUGAAAACAUCUGUUGAUUUUAAUAAAAUAAAUCGAUUAGGCCAAGUUUAUUCACUCUCUGAUAAACUGUCAGGUAUGCAAUGUGGUAAUUCCAUUGAGUGCUGACUAAUAGAAUUAUAGAAGGGUCACUAUCGUGCAAAUAGUUACCAGCAAGUUUAUCUAAAAAUAAAUAAACCAGGCAUUUUAAAUAAAUUAAAAAAUAAUUAAUUUUAAAAAGGACACUUAUUAUAUACAUAGAUAAAAUACUUGAGUCUCAAGCAACUCCUUCUAAGUAAGGUGAAGCAAAAUUGCGUCCAUUAACAGCUCCAUAACUAUGACUGUAAGGUCCCAAGCUCAAAUUGAUAGAAUCCCUUUCGGGCCAAGCUUGACUCUUGUAGCUGUUACAAGCUAUCAAACUAUUCAUAGCCGGAGGCCUGGAUUUCUCAAUCGAAAUCCCAUUGCCUAUAGACCUCAAACUCCUAACACUAUCCUCGCUUUGACCUUGACUCUGAGUAGUUUCAAUGACAUCUCCGUUGGGUAUUUUCUCUUCUUUAAUUUCAAUGUAGCCGGUAGGUUUCUUUGAUGCUAUCAUGUAGGCAACAGUGACUAUGCCUACUAGGGAAUGUAUGACUACGAUGAACAUUGAAGCGUUGCGAAAACCAAUGGUGUCGUAGAGAAUACCGGCUAUGGAUGGACCAAUGAAAGCGCCUAGAGCGAAGGUGCUUGUCCAAAGGCCUGAUACUAAAGCGUAGGUUUCCAAAUCGUUGGGAAAUCCAUAU